AUGGCAUCUAGCCCACCAGGACAAGCCAUCCAGAAUAAGACCAAUUUGGCCAUACUGGCAGAACUGGACAAAGAGAAGCGUCGGCUGCUGCAGAACCAGUCAGUCAACAACCCUGGCGCCAGUAUCUCUCUCUCCAGACCAAGUCUGCAAGAGUUAAGAGAUAACGCCGAGCAGCAACAUAUCGCUGCCCAACAGAAGGCUGCCCUGCAGCAUGCCCAUGCCCACUCAUCAGCGUACUUCAUCACACAGGACUCGUCCUUCGGCAACCUUAUCCUCCCUGUCCUGCCCCGCUUUGAGCCUGACAACUAA